CGGUCCGCCCGCGGCUGAUCCAAAUGACCCAGACUAUAAAGCCGGCGGACAUCGCCACAGUGCGGAAGCUGGGGAAGCCGCCUCACCUGAUCAUGCGCAUCAUGGACGCAGUGCUGAUCCUCUCCCCAGCGGCGCCCGGCCUCCUGUACGUACCGCACGGGGAGGCGGUGAGUGUGUUGGACCCCAGGAACCUGAAAGAGCCCGUAGAGCAUCUGAGCGGAAUCGGUGAAGAUGAGAUUAACGGGCUGUCGUUCAACGAUACGGGCACCAUGCUGGCUGCGGGUGACGACUCGGGCGCCGUGAGGAUCGUGGAGGUGCAGAACGGGAAAGUUGUCCGCACGCUGCGCAGACACACAAACAUCUGCUCAUCUGUCGCCUUCCGACCGCAAAGACCGCAAAGCCUGGUGUCUGCUGGACUCGACAUGCAGGUGCUGCUGUGGAACCUGCAGAAGACUCGGCCGCUGUGGGCAGUGGACCUGCAGGACUCCCAUGAGCAGGCGGAACAGGCGGGUCGUCCCGGUCAGCUGUUCAACCCCCCGCUGGCCCACUGCCCAUCCACCGAGGACGGCCGUCUGCACCUGCUGCGCGUGGGCACAGGGUCUCAUCUGGACCACCAGGGGGCGCUACAGGGCCACAGCCAGGGCGCCUCGCAGGCCCACUUCGUCCUGCCGCACCCCUACUGGCUGCUCUCCGCCGGCAACGACGGCCUGGUGGCCCUGUGGGACGUCAGCGCUCACGCGUGCCCCCCGGAGGCCAAGGCCAGCAACAGCAGCCGACCGCCAGCCAGCCGCAGGAAAGCCAGAAUCAGGCCGAAGGGCCGACUCCCACCAGCCACAGCCACGCCCCUGGGGGAGGAGCAUGCAGGAGGCCCAGAGAGUGCAGCCGCGGGGGAGGGUGUGUGUGAGGGGGCCGAGGCGGGUGUGUGUGGGGCAGGCCCAGGGACACAGGAGAGUACCGGACCCGCUCUCAGCUUCACACACACGGACAAAGUGAACUGGGUCUGCCCCGCCCUGCUCCAGGGCACACCCAGCGUGGUGGUGGCCGACCAGAGCGCCGAUCUAUACGUGUACCCCCUGACCCUCUAGUGCUGCCCCCUACUGGCCGACCAGAGCGCCGAUCUAUACGUGUACCCCCUGACCCUCUAGUGCUGCCCCCUACUGGCCGACCAGAGGGCCGAUCUAUACGUGUACCCCCUGACCCUCUAGUGCUGCCCCCUACUGGCCGACCAGAGCGCCGAUCUAUACGUGUACCCCCUGACCCUCUAGUGCUGCCCCCUACUGGCCGAUCAGAGCGCUGAUUUAUACGUGUACCCCCUGACCGCGCUCUAGAGUGUGUGUUUAUUAGUGAAAGGUAAUAAACUGUGGGCUGCAACAUUCACAAAGUAUUUCUAACAGAAAGAGAGGUGAUGAGUCUGUGUGUGUGUGUGUUUGUCUGUGUGUGUGUGUGUUUGUAUGUAUGUGUGUGUGUGAUGGUGAUGAUGAUGAUGAUGGUGAUGACCUGAUAUGUGUGUGUGUGUGUGAUGGUGAUGAUGAUGGUGGUGAUGACCUGACGUGUGUGUGUGUGUGUGUGUGUGUGAUGGCGGCGGCGGUGAUGAUGGUGGUGAUGUCCUGAUGUGUGUGUGUGUGUGUGAUGAUGAUGAUGAUGAUGAUGAUGAUGUGUGCCCCUGAUGGAGCUCACUGCACCUGAAGUGUGUGCAGCACGAGACUCACCUGCAGCACGAGACUCACCUGCAGCAGAACUACUGGGUCCUGGUCAGUGAAUCCUGAUUGGCUGGGAUCUUAGAUCAGUGAGCCCUGAUUGGUUGGGAUCUUAGUUUGGGGCAACAUAUCAACCCGUUCAAUCUUAUCUGACAUCACUGGCUUUGAAUAAAAACAAAAACUGUGCCUCUGGCAGAAA